CAUGGGCGGGGAUUUUGUUAAGGGCGGAGUCAAUAACAAAAACUGAAGGUUUCCUCUGGUGUUCCCCUCUUCUUAAACAUUCUUUUUAUUCUGCAUGCUGGCAGAGUUCCUUUCCUGUCCAGACGUGAUGAAACACACGUGAAAUAUGAGGAGAGAGAUUGCAGCUGUGGUCUUCUUUCUGAAGAGGCUUGUGAAAAAGGGGGAGAAGCUGGAAGCGGAGAAGGUCGAGAUAUUUGUUGAGAGGCUUGCUGUUGCACUGCAGGAGAAGUUUAAGGGGCACUGGUAUCCUGAAAACCCCAGCAAGGGACAGGCAUACAGGUGCAUCCGAGUGAACAGGUUUCACAGGCAGGAUCCCGAGCUCCUUCGGGCCUGCCGUGAGAGUGGGGUUCGGUACAGUGACCUGGGGCUGCCUCGUGAACUCACAUUGUGGGUGGACCCUGGGGAGGUUUGUUGCAGGUAUGGUGAGCAAAAUCCUUGCUUCUCAGUUGCCACUUUCUCAAGUGAUGAUGAGGAUGACAAAAAUGUUGCAAAGAAGGUGACCAGCGCACUGGAGAGAGUGACAUCAGACUACCACUCAGGUUCCUCUUCAGAUGAGGAGAGUGCACGGACUUCCCCCCUCACUAUCCCCAACAGACGCUCUGCUUCCCAGAAAAUGAAUCCAUCUGCUCCUACGUGGCAUCCCAUGAAGGUGGUACCAGUAAAAGGUCCGAUCCUUCCACGGUCCCACUACAACUACAGGCCUCGCAGCAGAGGGCCACACACUUUGAGGAACAGCCUGUGGGUCCCUCCUGUCUAUAGGGGAGGGCCUGGAUACUGGGAACCACACCAAAAUCUGACACAUUGUUACAGUUAGGAAUCAUGGUGCUUAUUCACACUGGACUUUAAACCUGAAGGCAACUUUAGUAUGACUGACCAUUGUUUUUGUUUUUUUUAAACAUGACCUUUUUAUAAAUGAAAUAUUGUCUCUUCUGCACUUUAGCCUACAUGUUUUAUAGUUGUUAAAAAAAAUCACUUGUAUUAAAUUAGAUAUUGCUAUUCUAAUACUGCCCAUAUAGUCUUAAGGGAAAUGUUCAAUUUUGACACUUGUUGUCCUUCUGUGAUAAAAUGUUGUAUUUAUUUGUAGUAAAGAAGAAUUUUGUCAGAAGUAAAGGUUUAAAUUUAUGGAGUUUUAUUAAAUACUUCCUAGCAUCACAGGGCAUUGCUGUUUGUUGU